UGGGGAUUUUUGGGUUUUUGGGGAAAUUUUGGGCUCAUUGAGGUUUGGGGGGAGUUUUGGGCGCUUUGGUUCCUGGAUUUUAAGGGAAUUUCUGAGGAGAUUCCCCCGAAUUGGAGGAUUUCCAGGAUUUCAGGUUUAUUUCCCAAUUUCCACAAUUCUGCCCCCAUUUCCCGUGUGUUUGUUUGUUUUCCCGUUUCAGAUGCAGCUGCUCCGUUUCUACGUUCGCCCCGAGCUCUCCCCGGGGGGGGUUCCCGAUCUCGGGGUCCCCUCGGGUUUGGGGUCCCCCCUGAGCGCGGCCCGAGGGGUGGAGCCGGGGGUGACCGGGGUCGGCUGCGAGCUCUGCUACUACCUGGGCUGGGCCGGUGAUUCCGCCCCAAACGAGGAGGAGCAGCGGGCGCUGCGCUGGAUUUUGGGGUCCCCCCAGGCCCAGGGGGAGGACGUGGCCCCCCAGAGCUUCCUGAGCCCCCGCGGGCACCACGUCCUGCUGGAGAUCGGGCCCAGGCUGGGGAUGUGCACCCCGCUGUCCACCAACGCCGUGUCCCUCUGUCACGCCGCCGGCCUGAGCCGCGUGCGGCGCCUCGAGAGGUCCCGGCGCCUCCUGAUCCAGGUGAGAUUUGGGGUGAAAUCUGGGRAUUUCGGGAAAAUUUKGAAAAAAUUUGGGAAAUUUUGGGGAUUUUAGAGGAAUUUCGUGGAAUUUUAGGAGGAUUUGGGGUGAUUUUUUGGGAUGUUUUUCUGAAU